AACUCUCCUCGGUGACCACCACCAUUCCCAACCUCGACCACACGCCACGGUUGAGCACAAAGUAGCACACCUUCUACCGACAGGCCACCAAAAUACUGUACCACCGAGCCAUUGCACGACCUACUCGCAGCCGGUCGCCUCACCACCCAGGGGGCGUCCCUCACCAUGACUUCCUGGUACUCCAACCUCCUAACCAAAACCUCGUCACAAAUCUCCAAUCUCCGCUCGACACUCCUCGCCUCGGAAGCCGACGGCGACACCGAAGACGACACGCACGUCACCCGCGUGCUGCGAAACUACUACACAGAGAAAGGCCGCCCCUUCCCGCCAUGGCUGCCCCCUGACCCCAAGGCGCCACCGCAGCAGUCCGUCCAGCCGCUGUACGCGCAGUCGGGGAAUGGACCAAUGCAGCAACAGCAGCAACAGCAGAGGGGCCCGCAGCCAGGAGGUGGUGGUCUCAGCAGUCUGUGGGACAACAAUGGCGGCCAGCAGCAGCAGCAGCAAGUGCCACAGAGCUUGCGGGCCGGUGGCGGUGGGAGAGGGGGCGGAGGACAGCCUGGGUUGAUGCAGAGACUGGACGAUCGGCCACAGACUGGGGGCCGUGCGGGGAGUAUUCACAGUGUUCACUCGACGUCGAAUGUAUCGUUGGCACCCUCGCCCUCCGGGGGCGGUGGCUCGUCAGCUCAGGAUCGGCUAAAGCAGAGGCUUUGGGGGGCUCGGUCGGGGAGUCCACAACAGGGUGGGCAGAGCGCCUACCAAGCUCCGCCCGCAGGAGCUUCUGGCGGCUAUGACGAUCGCGGCGGUGGUGGUGGUGCACCGCACAUGAGUGCGAAUGCGCCCUGGUCGAAUGGCGAUGACUAUAGCGGCGGUGGUGGCGGCGGCGGUGGUGGGAAGUCUGGACUACCCAGCGCUGGUCGACGGCAAGGGCUGCCAAGCAACCCACGCGGAUAUAGAUAGCGGACGAAGUGGCCGGGUCUUUGGCGUUGCUCAUCUGCAUGUGACUAUAGCAAGGCGUUCUAUUGGGAAAUUUGAAUCCGUAUUUUGAAGUAUAAGAAACUCUACUUCUCUUGACAUUAGAUGCGGUAUAUAGCCGAAAGGCAAUGUAUGACCCCCCUUAAAGC